AUGGACCUCCUCAAUGAACAGGAUUUUGCCUGUCAGGAAUUUGCUUCAUACAGCCGCAGUCAUCAUGAACCGAUACCCACAGACUGCAUCCAGAUCCACAACCAGAUGAUGUCAAAGCAAGCAAAGUCCUGUUCUCGCAGGAAGAAUACCCGUCAAAACAGGGCUGAGCCUCCUACGGCUCCCGCUCAUAUUCCGGAGACAGAAGGGCCACGUCUCACUGCAUGGCCACCCACACAACUGCUCGUUGCCAUUACAAACACGCCUGCACUUUUCAAUGCUGAUCAAGCUGUUCGCAACACCAAUAUUACAUCAACCCCUGUUCCAUUGCGCACUCAGAUGCUUAUCCGACAAGGAGUUACAGGACAGAGGACUCCAACUGCUGCCACUCCGCAGGCACACCUGACAUGGUGUACCCACACUGUCCCUCCUACACCCUCUUGUGAAAAGGAGAACACCCCUCUUCUUGCAUCCACCACCCCUUCCAAAACCACCCCUUCCAAACAAUCUCAUGGUGAUGAUAGUUUGGAUAUCGGUGAGGAUGAGGACGAGGCUGCCGCCAGAAUUGGUGAUGAAUCCAUUCACCAAAAGAAGAAAGGAGUCCAUGCAAGUGAUCUAGGCCCAGCCCGCAAGCGGAUCAUCGAGCGAGCCUGGCGCCAUUUUCGUUUCCAUGUUGCGACAUUCCCAUAUCCGGAUUCGGAUGACCAAGUCAACAAGUGGGCUAGAGAAUCAUGGUAUGCAGGCCUUGGGGAACUCGUUGAGGGGAUGGGUUAUAUCAGCAGCUCUGAUCCAACAGAAGAUGAGAUGGCCCUGCUUUGGCAGCGUGUCUACCAGCUCCAUGGUCAAAUUAAACUGCAUGCACGGGAGGUGGUGGCAGCAUGCCUCAGCUUGAACAACUCCACAAACAUCGACGUCGUUAACAAGAAUCAAGAGCUCAUUCAAACCUACAAGGACCACAACAGUUUCAUUUUUCAGAACCCAUUCAAUCCUAUGGAACCGGCCACUAUCUUUCGUAGCAUCAUGAUUGAAGACAUGAUCAUUAAGAGGUGGUACAAUGAACGGUCAAAAUCUGAGGCCAUUCUCACUCCGAUGUACUUUGAGAAGGGAAUUCCCCUUGAAACACUUGCGCUUAUCUGUGCCGGUCUCCAGAAUGCACUUGACGAGUGGCAAACAGGAGUUCUCAUGAAGAUCCCAUUCAGCAUGAAGGUCUAUGAACCAGUUUAUGACAUCCAUCUCACCAACCUCUGUAACUGGCACACAUACACCGCAACACAUCAGAAAAGUGCUGAGAAGCUGCAAAAGGACCUCCUUAUUAAGGACCGGCACGUCAACCCUCUCCAUUCUGAUCUGCUGCGAGCUGAUUUAUUUGCACAGGGAAAAUGCUGGUGUCACCAUCACUCUCAACACAUCAAAUGGAUUCACCUUCAGUGA